AUGGAGGCUCCUUUAGACCACAUCGCGAUGGAAGCAGUGACCACGUCCGGCACUACUCAGAAAAGGUCCAAGAAAAAGAAGAGGAAGAAGCAUCAUAAAACUGCAAGAUGGGAGCACCUGUCCGAAACUGCGAAUCGCGAUGAUUCGAAGAACGGGCGCUAUGUGGUCGAUAAGCUCAUGCCAGGUGGUUCUUCGUCAACGAGUCCUGCCACCCAGAUGAAAUCCAGUGACUCUGCUGCAAUCAAAAAGACGCAACCUGACGCUGUCUUGCAAGCCGACAAAGCUCAUCAAGCCGUGUCCGCGGAGGCUACAUCAGUUGAGCCAGUUGUGCCACAGGCUGACAAAGCGGACGCGUCAGACGAUCUACAGCAGCAGUACAAGGAUUUCAAGGAGGCCGCGGUAGUGGUAAGCAAGCUCAAGAGACCGCUUCCAACUACGGGAGGCCCUUUCGGUGGAUUAUGGUCGACGAGAUCUUCAUCUCCGGAGCAGCCUAGCGGCCACUUACACCGAAGUGCAGAAGCCAGCGUGAUCGAUGUCAAGCAAAAGCCGCCAAGCUUGUCGCCAAAACAGACUUCCUUUUCGACGAUCGCAAAGGGGGGCGAAGCACACGCGGAGUUGCCUGACCAGCUAGCUGCGUUCUCACCGACUGCACAGGAGUCCGAAGGAAAUGUCAACGUGCUGGAUCACACAGGACCAUUUCCGGCGAUCGCAGAGGUCGGCACAGGACGUCGCGUUUCAAUUGCGCUUCCCAACUGGGGAGGUCCCUUCGGCCUGUUAUCUUCGUCCGCAGACCGCUCUAGCGAAAGCUUGCCCGACAAGUUGACGGCGCAGACAGCCGAUGCGAAGCACGAAUCACCGCAAGAGUCGCCGCUCUAUAUGGCACCUUCCUUAUCAGCCGCCGUUACGAAAGAAGAAGGGACACCGCUUCCUGGUCAAGCAACUUUGUCACCAACGAGCGUGACGAAGAAAGUAGUGCGACAUGUGCUGGAGGAAACGGCUUUCACUGUGAACUCCGUGGGGAGUGAGGAAGACGCAUGCGUGCAGCACAAAAAGGCGUCGCCAACCUCGACGUCCUCUUUCGAGAGCUCCGAGUACAAGUCGUCUCGAGGAUCGUUGGCGCACUCCCCACACGCAAAACCUGAAACGGAUGUGAGAGGACCACGCAGGAUAAGGUCAAUGUCUCUAGUGCUACUCGAAGAGGCGCCGCUUUUGCAAUCGCAGCCUGUAGUUACACCAACUUCACCUCCUCCUCCCAAAGUCGUGCCGUCUAUGCCGAAGCUUGAACGCCCAGACCUUUCUCAAGAGGCGGCCAUUUCACCGACCGCCGUAGCCGAGUCGGGGAAGAGAGAGAAGGCUGCAGGAAAAGGAAAGAAAAAAAGGUUAAAGAAAGCCAAGAAGAAAGAAGUAAUGAGUGCCGUGACUUCACCGUCGACGAAUGGGCCAGAUCCAGAUAAACCUGCACCGAAGUCCUCCGAAGAUCAAUCGGCGUCGGCUUCUCGCGUCAAUUCUGUGAACGAAAUGAACAAGCGGAUCGAAGUCUUGCGAUGUCAGCAGGUUGACUUCACGGCGAGUCCCGGUGCGCAUUCACCAUUGCGCCCGGUGGAGUUUAAGCACGACCACGCCGUUCUUACCGAUAAAGGGGAGGUAAAGCUCUGUCUGGACUUGUCUACGUGCGAAGAGGCUACAAUGCUGUGGCCUUUUGACCAUGAGACCGCGGUUACCAAGAAGGAAGACACGUAG